UUUGUUUAGUCUUCCUUCGACACAAGAGGGCAGAAGCGGAGAAACCUCGCAGUUUAUGGGAGGAGACGGGAGCAGCUGCGGAAUAGCCUGAGUAACGGGGCUGAGCGAAACGAGCCUGGUGACAGAUUGUGAGUCUGACAAAACAGUGAGAGCAGCAGAGCGGAAAGUGAAGGGAUCGGCCAAACCUGACAGCUGGGAGGUGAGCUACACAAUGCUCGAUUAGUAUCUAAAACCUACUUAACUUUGUCUACAAGUGGCAGGCUGGAGAAAAGCUAGAUCGCGUCCAAAAAUUAAAAUAUACUCAAUGGAUGGCUCCCGAAGAUGAUACAGAGCAUGAUUCUACUAGUGCAGAGCUAAGGUAGUUGAGCCGUACAGGCUUUUCCAACACACAGGAAGGAAAGAAAAAAAGGGCUGGAUAUAGAGACCGGGGCCACAAAGCACCCUCCCAGUCUGAAUCAACCAAAAAGGACAGCGGCAGGCUUCUUAUCCACAGCAGGCCAGCGAAAUAACCAAAAAAGGCAGCAGCACGAAACAGAGGAUAAGAAGAGUUUGUUUAAAAGUUGGAUGCGCGUUUUAAAAAGUUGCCUGAGUGAUUUGACUACGAGUGUUGCAUUGCAAACCAAACUAGACGUAGGGUUGUCUUUUUGUGGUCUGUCAUUAGCAGCUAUUUUAAUUGUUGAAUAUUGACUAUUUUAAACAAAAGCAAUAGUCUUUUGGCACCCAUGGCAGCCGAAGCACUUGAAAGUCAGGCAGUGGUAGGUGAUACUGGAUUGACUAAAAACAAUUUGGAGUCAGAUUCAGACACACCCAGGCUAGUCGUAUCUCAGAAAGUGGAACCCAGGCCACCAGCAGCAACACUGACUCCAGAUGAAGUCUCUGAAUCGCCACAGCACAGGAUGGCACCUUCAUCAGGGAGUGCUGAUGGUGCAGCUUUAGCGACUCCAACCAAAACAGGAGGUCCGCCACAGGAAGCUGCAGACGCUAGGACCUCUGCCCCGGGUAGAAGUUAUGAACAGCUCUCUUCAGAACAGAAUGGAAGCCUGCUCGAGAGGCAGGAGUCGGUGGCCACCACAGAGGCCAGGCUGAGGAUGGAGGGUGUGGAGCUGAAAGAAGAAUGGCAGGAUGAAGAUUUCCCUAGGCCACUUCCAGAAGAGGAGGACAUCCACAUGGAUGGGGAGCUUUUCACAGCCUCUGGGAGAGAAAGCCAUCCUGUUCCGCAGUCUUUUGAGGCAAACGGUGAUAAGAAAGCCAGGAAGAAGCUAGUGGCCCCCAAUAUCAGUCUGACGCUGAAUCGCAGCGAUGGGUCCGUGCUGUCAGAUGAGCUGGAGGAGAGCGGGGAGUUAGAUCUGGAUGAUAUGGACACACCCUCUGACAACAGCAAUGAGUUUGAAUGGGAAGAUGAUCUUCCCAAGCCCAAGACGACUGAGGUUCUCCGAAAGGGCAUGGACUCGAUCCAGGAGUACUCCACCACGGACGAGAGGGAGGAGGGGCGGCGCUGGCGAGUGUUCAGGAUCGGAGAUCAGGACCACAGAGUGGACAUGAAGACGAUCGAGCCCUACAAGAGGGUGAUCAGUCACGGAGGUUACUAUGGAGAUGGCUUGAAUGCCAUCAUCGUGUUUGCUGUAUGUUUCAUGCCAGAGGGCAAUCUGCCCAAUUACAGAUAUAUCAUGGACAAUCUUUUUAAGUAUGUAAUUGGUACUCUAGAGCUGCUGGUCGCUGAGAAUUAUAUGAUAGUGUAUUUAAAUGGUGCUACAACACGCCGAAAGAUGCCAAGUUUUGGCUGGCUCCGGAAAUGCUAUCAGCAGAUCGACAGGAGGUUACGGAAAAACCUGAAAUCCUUAAUAAUUGUUCACCCUUCCUGGUUUAUCAGGACGCUUUUGGCUGUCACACGGCCGUUCAUAAGCUCAAAAUUUAGCCAAAAAAUCAAGUAUGUCUUCACCUUAACAGAGCUAGCUGAGCUAGUUCCUAUGGAGUAUGUUUCUAUACCAGAGUGCAUCAAACAGUAUGAAGAAGAAAAAUUUAGGAAAACGCGUAAAAGACAGGAAAGCUCAGUACAUCCUCUGUGAGUGUUGCAUCCCCAGCAGUAUAUCAUUUUACAUUAAGAUACUGUGCUAUUUGUGUUCCACCUCAUAAUAAGAAUGGACCAGUCUCAUGCUCUGAAGGAGCAUUGGAACACUCCCUACACUCUGCAGGAACCAAACAGCAAGGAGGGGGGGGCUACCUCUAAUCCAGUUGCAAGUGUAUUUCUCGUGCACUCCUUGCUGUGUAAGGCCCACGAGCGAAGUGAGUCGGUCUGUCAUACAAAGACUGCAAGAGAAAGUACACUUUCAACUUGAUUAGGGAAAGCCACUGAACAUCCCAGAAGUCAUCAAAUCCAAAUUUUAAAAAAGAUGAAAAUUUGAUAUUUACGCACUUAAUCUGUUAAUAUAUAAGCUGUUGUGGUUUAAACUCUUAGAAUGCUUUGUCAUUGACAUUCUGAGUGCGAGAUCUACACUCCCAGUGAAAUUCUAAGUGUACUGGUAGGUUUCAAUGGGGACGUGACUAUAAUUGUUAAUGGAAGUCAAAAGGCUAUUUAGUUCAAAUUGCACCAUUGCUCAUUUAUUCUCAUCCUACAUCAGUUUCACAAAACCCUGCUCAUUUCAUCUUAAAUGUAAUUUGUUCAAAACAUCCCAAUUCCCCCUUUUACUGCUCUUUAGUUUUAUGUUUCAAAAAGUAGUGUCUCAAUCCCUGAGUUAACCAAUAUUUUGAUUUCAACAGUAUGCCUAGCUGAGCUUCAAUCACCUCCAAUCUCUUUACACUGCUGAAAUUGGCUUGCCUAAAUCUAUAAACCACAGACUGACCCACUACCUGCAUAUCCUUAAUCCUCUUGAUGUAAAAAGACUUGACCCUUCUUAAAGAUAAUUCAGUUGUGCACUGUUCACAAAAUAAUCCUUAGAUUUAUUGGGUUGUACUAAAUUACAGUGAAAAGGUUUCUGGAUGAAUUCACUCCGUGCUCUCCUACCUUCCGUCUUCUUGCCUUGAAUUUGACGAGAAUUGAAUUUGGACAAGAUAAAAAAAAUAACUACAGUAACUCUGGUAACGUAAUUCAUGACAGGAAACUGGAAUAUGUUAAAUUAUUUUCAGUCAACAGCAAGCCUACCUGAAGUAGACAAAAUGAUGUGGAUCGUCCACCGCUAUGUAACAAAACGUUUUAAUCGCAUUUCUACCUGUUUUAUUGGAUUUAAACAUUUACUUAAAUACUGCUUUGUUUUGUAGCAACUUUGGCAUUGCAGGCCUUGCAUAUGUAGAACCCACAAGGCAGCCCUCUACAACAAUACGAAAGGGUGGAGAUCACGUGACUGAUGCUAACAAAACAACUAAUAAAGCCUGAUUCACACUUUAAUACAAUCUGAGAUGCAUUUUCAUUUCCAUACAAAUGAUGUUGCAUUUUAAUGAAACGUUCCAUUUUAUAUGCUGUAGAACACUCCCUUGCACUGUGAUAAAGCAAAUUACUGAAAGGUUAAGUGUUGUUAGGAAUGCCAGUAAGCUGCGUGAUGUCGUGUCAAGAGUACAUUUUUGGGUGAACGAUGAGUUGUGUCACAGAGCAGAUGCCUUUUUAGAGCACUUGGAACAAAUCUAUUUUUUACUGAAGAACUUUUUCUUCGAAUUGUAUUCUUGUAGGAAUACUGCAUGGGAACAGAGCUUUGCUUCAUAUGAAUUUGAAACAAAAAAAAAGUCUAUUAAUGCAUCCUCCACUGAUGGAGAAAUACUACAGAGAAGCUCUUUAUGUUCUCCUUUCCAGUAAUUAUCCUGUGGUUUAUGAGUUCGUCCUAACAGGUCAGCAUGACGCAAUGUUUAGACGGGUCUUAAAAUCCCACUGGUUGCCAAUGCUAACAACAAACAACAGUAGAAAUCGUUUGCGUCAGGAAGAUAAUGGAUGUUUUUUGUAUUGUUCUGCA